AUGAAACCUGGAUCAAAACCAACAUUUUCUCAAGGAAUUCUUACGGCAAGGGGAGGUUUAAGUGAUUAUAAAUUAAGUAAAGUUCAAUUUCCAAGCAAUGCUAUUUAUUGUUACACGUCAAAUGGCCCUUGCUUUGGAAAUGGUGAUUUGUGGAUGACAGGAAAUUUUGGAAGUUCAAAACGAACAACCUAUAAAGAGGUCAUAACCGAGUCAUUUAAUUUUUUUGCGGAUGAUUAUGAAGUUUUUCAAUUGGUAAAAAAGUGA